AUUGGAACCUGCCAGACAAAAGAAGACAAAGAAGCCUUUGCCAUCGUGUCUGUUCCUCUGUCGGAGGUCAGAGACUUGGACUUUGCAAAUGAUGCCAACAAGGUUUUAGCAUCGAUGGUCAAAAAUUUGGAGAACGGCUCGGUAACUCAAAAUGAAAGGAGGUUUGUCACGAAGCUCUUGGAAGAUCUCAUUUUCUUUGUGGCGGAUGUGCAGAACAACGGCCAAGAGGUUUUGGACGUGGUGGUGAUUAAACCCAAUCGAGAGAGGCAGAAAUUAAUGAGGGAACAAAAUAUAUUGGAACAGAUUUUUGGAAUACUGAAAACCCCGUUUAAAGAGAAAGCUGGCGAGGGAGCCAUGUUGAGAUUGGAAGACUUGGGAGACCAGAGAUACGCCCCAUACAAAUACAUGCUUAGACUUUGCUACAGAAUCCUUCGUCAUUCUCAACAGGACUACAGAAAAAACCAG